CUAUAUUUAUUAUUUAUUUAAUUUUUUCACCAAUAUAUACAAUCAUAAUAAUACAUUAUAAAAAAUGGAUUUAAAUAAAGAAUGGGAAAAAGUACAAGAAAUGGCCUUCACUUCAUGGGUCAACUCAGUAUUAGAAAAAAGAGGUGUCAAUAAAAUUUCAGAUGUUUCAACAGAUCUCAGUGAUGGUGUUAAAUUAAUUUAUUUCUUAGAGUCUGUUUCAGGCAAGAAAUUCCCAAAGAAAUUCGAUUUAGAACCAAAAACCCGUAUUAUGCGUGUUCAAAAUCUUCAUUUAGCUAUGCUUUUCAUUGAUGAAGACCUUAAAAUUAAAGUCCAAGGUGUUGCUGCAGAAGAAUUUGUUGAUAAUAAUAAAAAGAUGAUUUUAGGUUUCUUAUGGACCUUAUAUCGUAAAUAUCGUAUUUCAGUUAUUAAUGAAGGUGAUAAAUCAUCAGAAGAAGGUCUUUUAGCUUGGUGCAAAAAGACAACUGAAGGUUAUCAAAAUGUUAACAUUCAAAACUUCAAGACUAGUUUCCGUGAUGGUCAUGGUUUCUUAGCCUUAGCCCAUAAAUACGACCCAACCACAUUCAAAUAUGAAGACUACAACUCACAAGAUAACAUUGCUCGUUUAAAUGCUGCUUUCGAUUUUGCUGAAAAAGGCUUAGGUAUUCCAAAACUUUUAGAAGCUGAAUCACUUAGCAAAGGCCAUGUUGAUGAACGUUCAAUUGUUCUUUACACUUCAUUAUUCUUCCAUGCUUUCCGUGCCAAAGAAGAAAGAGAAGCCCUCGAAGCUAGCCAAAACUCAUUAAACAACAAAUUAGCUUCACUUGAACAAUCACUCGAAGGUGAAAAACAUUCACAAGAAGAAUUAUUAAAACAAAAACAAGAACUUGAAAAUGCUCUCAACAAGAUUAGAUCAGAAAAUGAAAAUAGAAAUAACCGUAUCACCGAUCUCCAAUCAAGAAUUGAUGAUGCUCUUCGUGGUCUUGAUGAUGAAAAACUCGCCAAACUCGAUUUAGAAUCACGUCUUGCUAAAACUGAAAAAGAUAAAGCCAUUCUCGAAUUAAAACUCGCUGAAAUCCUUGAUGAAAAGGAUAGACUCGAAAAGAAGAUUGAAGAAGACAAGAAGAGAGCUGAAGCCGAAAGACUCGGUUUAGGUUUAAUUCGUCAACACCUUGCCCUCCAAUUCACCGAUAUCCACAAAUGGCAAUCAUUCCUUGAACAACCAGAAAAUGUUCCAUACACUCAACAACCAAUCAAUCUCGAUGCUGAAUUAUCUAACCUUUCAUUUGAAGAACAAGCCAAGAAAUUAGCAUCUAAACUCGAAGCUGAAAAUGUUUCAAUUGAAAAAUAUUUAAAACAAAAGGAUGAACAAAAACAAGAAAUUAAUAAAAAAAGAUAAAAAUCUCAUUUAAACUAUAGUAUAUUUAAAUGUUUUUUUUAAUAAUUUUAUUUAUUUCCAAAUCCCACUGUUCAUAUUAUAAAAAAAAAAUAAAAAAUAAUAAUAAAAUAAAUUUGUAUAAUUU